AGUUAUAAAUGACGAACUUGUAAAUUAAUAUUCAGUUAAAACAAAAUAUCAAAAUAUAAAUAAAAAAAGUGCAGCGCAAUGAAGCUUUCUAAGGCUGCCAAGGAGACAAAAAAGAAUAAUAAGUUAUCCAUAAAUGGAAAGGAGGACGACAACAAGCAAAGGAAAUCGUCGUUGGUAGUGGCCCCAUCAACAAUAGAUGAGAAAAGCGAAAAUUCUGAGAAUGUCAUACAAUUUCCCAAAGAGGAGGACACCGAGGACGACGAUGAAAGUGAUCAGUUCCAUUCAGCACCUACAACACCAACGAAAUCUUAUUGCUCUCUGAAAGAUUUUUGUGCCCAGGAGGAGAAAGGAAUCGAGAAGAGUAAGGACGACGAAGAGUUGCCCUUGCAUAAGAGUAUAUUUCUAAAUGACCAUGACAUGUUGAAGAGAUUAUUGGAAAAGGGAACGGAAAAUAUAACACUUAAAGACAAACAUGGUAAUACCCCCCUGCAUUUGGCCUGUAUGUUAGGUCGCAAAAAAUGUAUCAAAUUGUUGUUGGACCAUGAUGCCACCGUCAAAGUAAAGAAUAACGAAGGUUGGACUGUGUUGGCCGAGGCGAUAUCAUAUGGCGAUAGGGAUACCAUUGGGGCGUUAUUAAAGAAACUACGACAGCAAUCGCGGGCUCAUUUGGAGUCGAGGCGUGCUUCAAUGAUUAAGGGUCUGAAACAAAUUCAAGACUUCUAUAUGGAACUUAAGUGGGAUUUUACGUCAUGGGUGCCAUUGGUAUCUCGAAUGUUACCCUCAGAUGUUUGCCGCAUUCAUAAGUGUGGCACUUCGCUACGAUUGGAUACAACAUUGGUGGAUUUCAAUGACAUGCGCUGGGAAAGGGGUGAUAUCUCCUUUAUUUUCCGUGGAGAUCAUCCCAUGAAUCAUUCCAUAACGGUGCUGGACAACGAAUAUCAAUGUUACCAACACAUACAUUAUGAGGACUCCGACAUUGAUGAUGAGGUCGACAUAUUAAUGUCAAGUGACAUACUGGCGGCACACAUGUCCACCAAGAGUAUACAAUUUGCCCGCGCCCAGUCAGGAUGGAUAUUUCGAGAGGAUCGAAAAGAAGUAGUUGGUGGACAAUACCAAUCGGAGUUGUAUUCAGUACAGGGUCUGGUGCUCAAACAAAGAAAACGACGUGAACAUCUUACCCAAGAUGAUAUACAGAAAAAUAAGACCAUGUUGACCACAAUGUCUCAAGGACGACGUUCUAGCCUCUCCAACAGCAAUAGCAAUUCGACGGAUGCGUCUACCAAUGGCUGCAAUCAUAUAGAGAUAACCAGACGCUCGUCCCUACCACCACCACCAAAGCCCUCCAUAUCAUGGGAACAAUAUAUAAGUGCGGAGACUGGCAAAUGUCCGCUUUUGGGUCGCACACCCGUCCAUAAACAAUCAAAUAAAUCCCUAAAAGCCACUGUUGCAAUGUGCAAAAAUUUCCCUCUAUCAGUCGAUAUGUUACUGAAUAUUCUGGAAGUUAUAGCACCCUUUAAACACAUCAAUAAAUUGCGAGAAUUUGUCACACUAAAAUUGCCACCGGGUUUUCCCGUCAAGGUCGAAAUACCUGUCCUGCAUACAGUCAGCGCCAAAAUAACAUUUCAAAAAUUCGAAUUCCGUGACAAUAUCUCGCCAACACUCUUUGAAAUACCCAAACAUUAUGUUGAGGAUUCACGCCGCUUUCCAGACUUAUGACCAGGUGGCGAACAACAGCAGCAACAGGCGGAAGCGGCCGAUGUUAACCGAAACAAACAGUAAAACAGAGAAUAUAAAGACAAUCUUCAGGAAAAAAUUUAACAGAGAGCGCUGAAACAAGAGGGAAACAUAUUUAUAUCGUAUACAACAACAACAAUCCUUCAAAAUGUAAACAGGGAUUUCUUUAAUAUCACUGACAAAGGAAACAACAGUAGUAAUAAAAACAACAACAAACAAUUUGAAGCAUUUUUCGUAAAUAGUUUGUUUUUUAUAAAACAACAAAACAAAAAACAAAAACAAAGAAACAAUUAAAUGUGACGUAUUAUUAUCUCACAACCUUUUAUAAGUAAGAACUGUCCUCACUUAAACACCCUCACAUAAACCACACAAAAACAACAAAAAUUCAUUCUGAAAUGAAUUUCUAUUUUAAAAGUUCUCUCAAUCUUAUUAUCAUCAUCUCAAUAUGCUGCAUUAUAUCAUUACAAUACUUAUACACUUAUAUCUUUAUAUUUAAUAAUACGUAUAUACUGUUUUAUACUUAAUUACUUAAGUCACAAAAAAAGUUAUUCCUAAAUUUUUAUUUUAAACAAAACCAAAAAACAAAUAAUCAAAUUUAUUUUUAUGACAUAAGCAUAACCACUAGCUAAAACAACAUACCUAUGUCCGAGUAUGUAUAUCAAAAUCACCAGCUUACAAAUUGUGAAAUUAUUUAAACCGCGAAAACUUCAUAUUUCAUUUAAUAUUAAAUUCAUACAAGGAUUAUUAAAGAUGCUAUCAGACGACAUGUUUUUACAUUCUUGUAUAUCUGUGCCGUCACUUUCUGUAUCCUUAUGUUCUCAUGCAUAUCUGCCAAAUCGGCACAGAAUGAGCUCUAUUCAACACACCUUUUACAUAUGUAUGUAUUGUUUUUUGUUUUAUCCAUAUAUUGCCGCAUGUAUGUAUGUGCGGUGAAUUACAGCCCACUCUCGAAUCGAAAUUACGAGGUUGGUAAAAAAACGUUAUUCAAUAGUUUUUAUUUACAUUUAUUUAUUCUUUAAUAACUAUCUUGUCCCCUUCAAAGCAAUACUUACAUCGUCCUUCCGUUUGUAACUCAGUAAUGAUCUGAGACGCAACAAGCUAUACGAGGUCUGAUCAAAAAAUAACCGUUAUUUUAAAUUUGUUCAAAAAGUAUUUAUUUAUUGAUCAAUAACUAUCUUGUCCCUUUCCAAGUUAUCCCCCUCAGAUAUUUUUUCCCGUCCUUGAAACACUUUUGAAACGCGCUUUUUGGUUAUACAAAACUUAAUACAAUUCCUUUGAUCCAUUUUUUCGAAUAGUAAAAAAAUCGAAGAGCACACCGAAACAAUCCAAAAUGGCUGAUAUUACCAACAUAUAACAGACAUGUGUACCAACAUGAAAGAGUUAAAAGGUGUAACCAAGGCGGAUUUAAAUAGGUGAUCUCACGCGAAAAGCUGUUAACAGCCAGCCAGCUUUAACGGUAUUAAGAUGACAUAUUUUUGUUUGCAUUCUCUUUGUUGUAUCUUCUUUCUCUCAUAUUCUCCGCUCAUGUAAGCACGCAUAUACGCACACGCCCACAUUUUUUUUGUGUGUGUUGGGAAAACGUCGAUCAGCUUGAUGACAA